AGGUAAAAUCAAUCGGAAAACCCUAGCGCAUAAAAUUUUGAUAACGUUUUGUUCUCUCUUUCUUUUCGAGCGAGUCUGAAAGUUAUGACGACGGCGGCGAUGCAACAACCUAAGGUGCGAUGGGGAGAAUUGGAGGACGACGGCGGCGAAGAUCUGGAUUUUCUUCUGCCGCCGAAGCAGGUGAUCGGACCCAACGAAAGCGGGAUUAAGAAGGUGAUUGAGUACAAAUUCAACGACGAGGGCAACAAGGUGAAGAUUACCACCACCACGCGCAUCCGCAAACUGGCUAACGCUCGACUCAGCAAACGCGCCAUCGAGCGCCGCUCCUGGCCCAAGUUCGCCGACGCUGUGCACGAGGAUGUCGGCAGCCGCCUCACUAUGGUCUCCACGGAAGAGAUCAUCCUCGAACGCCCACGCGCCCCAGGUACUAAGCAAGACGAGGCCAAGGCUUCUGGAGAUUCUGUAUUCCAAGCAGGAGCCGUACUAAUGGUGUGCAGGUCGUGCGGGAAAAAGGGAGACCACUGGACUUCGAGGUGCCCUUACAAGGAUAUAACUCCGCCAACCGAUUCCUUCAUUGAGAAGCCAUCGGACACCAAUCCUUUAACAGACCCUUCUGCAAAGAAAGCUUAUGUACCUCCUGGUCAGAGGCCGGGUCAAAAAGAGAGCGGUGGUUCUGACAUGAGAAGAAGGAACGAAGAGAACUCUGUUAGGGUAACUAAUCUUUCGGAAGAUACCAGAGAGCCCGAUUUGCUCGAGCUUUUCCGACCGUUUGGGAACGUGAGCAGAGUUUAUGUUGCUAUCGAUCAGAAAACGGGGACCAGCAGAGGGUUCGGUUUCGUGAAUUUUGUGAGCAGGGAAGACGGUGAGAGGGCGAUUAACAAGCUUAAUGGUUAUGGUUAUGAUAAUCUUAUCCUUAGAGUUGAGUGGGCUGCUCCUAGGGCGAACUAAGUUUUGUGAGUUUGAGAUUUCGUUUCGUGGAUUUAUGUUUUCGUAUUUUGAAAGUUUUAUUGAUGUUUUUAAUGGAUUUAUUGCUUGAUUUAAUGAUGUUUUUUGUGAAAUUGUCAUUGAAUAGGCUCUCUGCGCAAAGGGCAUACUACUUUGUGACUUUGUUCUUUCAUAUGAUGGUUUUUUUGUUUAUGGAUUGAUAGUUCAUAGUUUGGUAUUUUGAAACUUGAAUUGAUGUUUUUAA